AAUAAACGGUACCCCAAACGUGAAUUCUCUACUCCCUCCCUCUCUCUCUCUCUCUCUCUCUCCAUUUUGGUGGUUGUUCUUUCUCACUCCGGUCUUCUAUUACGAUCCGACACGUCCCGCUCGGCUUGGUAGCUCUCUCCCAACUCGCGCAAGCUGUCUUCUUCAGCAUCCCUAGAAACGGACACUGAUUCGAAUCGCUCCGCUCCGGUCUAACUCGAAGUGGAUGCAAAGAUGAGUUCUUUCUCCAUCACGCGGAAGAAGACGCCUUUUCAGAAGCAUAGAGAGGAAGAAGAGGCAAAGAAGAAGAGGGCAGAGGAUGAAACAGCACGACUAUACCAAGAGUUUGUGGAAUCAUUUCAAGGGGAUAUUACGCCUGGGUCGAAGGCUUUUGUUCGAGGUGGAACAAUAAACCCCAAUGAGAAAGUGAAGGCUGAUUCUGAAGGUGAAAAGUCCAAAGAUGGGGUAUCUGUUCCAAAGAAGGGAAGUAGGUAUGUUCCAUCUUUCAUACCACCUCCACUGGCUGCUAAGGGGAAAGAAUCGGAAAAGAAAAAGGAAGAUGACAAACCAAAGGAAAAAGAAAAAGGAAAGUCUCGAAACAUAGAUCAUUUCAUGGAGGAGCUGAAGCAUGAGCAAGAGAUGAGGGAGAGGCGAAAUCAAGAUCGUGAACAUUGGCGUGACGGGCGCCACAAUGAGCAUUCUGCUCCAUCUAGUCGCUUUGAUGAACUGCCUGAUGAUUUUGACCCAAGUGGAAAGCUUCCUGGGUCUUUUGAUGACGGUGAUCCCCAAACUACUAAUCUCUAUGUUGGAAAUCUCUCACCCCAGGUCGAUGAAAAUUUUCUUCUGCGGACUUUUGGAAGAUUUGGGCCCAUUGCUAGUGUGAAAAUAAUGUGGCCUAGGACUGAAGAGGAACGAAGGCGGCAAAGAAAUUGUGGCUUUGUAGCUUUCAUGAAUAGAGCCGAUGGGCAAGCUGCAAAGGAUGAAAUGCAAGGAGUCGUCGUAUAUGAAUAUGAGUUGAAGAUUGGAUGGGGUAAGUCUGUUGCGCUUCCAUCGCAAGCUCUACCUGCUCCUCCACCUGGACAGAUGGCAAUCAGGAGUAAGGAGGGUGCCACUGUAAUUUUAUCUGGUCCAUCAGGCCCUCCGGUCACCUCUGUUCCAAGUCAGAAUUCUGAACUGGUUCUUACACCAAAUGUUCCCGAUAUAACGGUGGUUCCACCCAAUGAUGAUCAUCUACACCAUGUGAUUGACACAAUGGCUCUCUAUGUUCUGGAUGGAGGAUGUGCCUUCGAACAAGCUAUUAUGGAGAGAGGUCGUGGGAAUCCUCUCUUCAACUUCUUGUUUGAGCUUGGCUCGAAGGAACAUACUUACUAUGUCUGGAGGCUCUAUUCCUUUGCUCAGGGUGAUACCCUUCAAAGAUGGCGAACAGAACCUUUUAUCAUGAUAACUGGUAGUGGAAGAUGGAUUCCACCACCUCUGCCAUUGGUAAAGAGCCCAGAGCAUGAGAAGGAGUCUGGAUCCACAUUUGCUGCAGGAAGAAGCAGGCGUGUGGAACCAGAAAGAACACUUACUGAUUCACAGAGGGAUGAGUUCGAGGAUAUGCUGCGUGCUUUAACAUUAGAGAGGAAUCAGAUAAAGGAAGCUAUGGGGUUUGCCCUGGAUAAUGCUGAUGCAGCUGGAGAGAUAGUCGAAGUGCUGACAGAAUCUUUGACACUUAAGGAAACUCCCAUUCCAACCAAAGUUGCAAGGCUUAUGCUCGUUUCUGAUGUUCUUCAUAAUAGUAGUGCUCCUGUAAAGAAUGCAUCUGCAUACCGCACCAAAUUUGAAGCAACAUUACCUGAUAUUAUGGAGAGUUUUAAUGAUUUGUUUCGUAGUGUUACUGGAAGGAUUACUGCAGAGGCUCUUAAGGAACGAGUGCUCAAAGUCUUGCAAGUAUGGUCAGACUGGUUUUUGUUUUCAGAUGCAUAUGUUAAUGGUUUGCGAGCUACGUUUGUUCGACUUGGGAGCUCUGGUGUCAUCCCAUUUCAUUCUAUAUCUGGUGAUACGCAUGAACUAGAAAAAAAGACUAGUUCUGAAGAUGCAGGUGAUGGAGUUAAGAUCAACCAAGAUGCUGCAUUGGCAAUGGGCAAAGGAGCAGCAACGAAGGAGCUAAUGCAUCUUCCCCUUGCUGAGCUGGAGAGACGUUGCAGACAUAAUGGAUUGUCUCUUGUUGGUGGUAGAGAAAUGAUGGUUGCACGGUUGCUAAGUUUGGAAGAGGCAGAAAAACUGAGGGGCUAUGAACUAGAUGAUGACUUGAAAUAUGCACAGAGCCAUUCGAGUACUGGUAGAUAUUCCAAUAGUCGUAAAGGGACUACUGUGGAAGCAGAGCCAGUGGGUCUGUCUGGAUGGAGCCAAUAUGGGGAGGACGAUUUGCAAUCAAAAUGUGAAGAGUCUGUUCCUUUGGCUCCAACCUUUCCCAUUCCAAACCCCGAACUGAAAGCUUUCACAAAGAAAGAGAGAGUUGAUCCUGUUCUGCCAGCAUCUAAAUGGGCUCGAGAGGAUGAUGAAAGCGAUGAUGAACAAAAGGGUAGUGCUAGGGGUUUGGGGUUGAGCUACUCAUCUUCUGGAAGUGAGAAUGCUGGUGACGACACUAGCAAGGGUGAUGAGAUGGACUUUGCAACUGGUACAAGCAUCCCAGUGCAGCCUGACAACGGAAUGAAUGAAGAGCAGAGACAAAAGCUGAGACGUCUAGAGGUGGCUUUAAUAGAAUAUCGUGAAUCCCUUGAAGAACGGGGAAUCAAAAGUUCAGAUGAAAUCGAGAGGAAAGUUGCAAUCCGUCGGAAACAGUUGCAAUCUGAAUAUGGGUUAUUAGAUUCUAACAACGAUUCGUCAGGAAAUAAGAGAACAUCUUCAGAGAGGAGGGACAGACGGGAUGAUGCCCGUGACUCUUCAAGAAAGAGGCACCGCAGCCAGAGCCAAAGUGAGAGCCCACCACGGAAAUCAUCACAUCGAGACAAGGAAAGGGAACACACGUUAGACAGGGAUAGAGAUAGAACUCAUGAUAUUCAAAACGAGAGAGGGAGGGAGAGGGAGCGGGACCGUGAGAAGAGUGGAAGCAGAGAGAGGGAUGACCAUGACAGGGGCAGAGAAAGGGACAGGGAUAGGAGGAGACGACCGAAGUAAGCCAUUUGCAGGGUCGGCUUUUGAGAAUCAAGGUGGAAUGUUUUGGAGGAGUUUCCAUUUAGUUGGGCCAGACUGGCUGCCAUGAAACGGUUAUAUCAAGUCGCGUUAUGAAAAGAACGUUUCCUUCCCUUUCCUGUAAUAAACCUCAAGGAGUAAAUCUUCUUCCGUUUUGCUUAAUUACGUUUUAACAAGAUGUAUUCCGGUUGCAAAUUUAAAAUUUGAAUUUGGUUAA